GGGAGGUGAUUCACAACACCGUACGCCUUAGCACGUCAGAUUUUGGGGGUACUUAAUCAGGGAUGGCGCCAGAAAAGAAAUGCUGGGGGGCGCUGUAAUGUCAGAGUGCCGACGGUGAGUGAACCACCCACAAAGAUGUAAUAUCACAUCAUUCCGCUGUGGAAAUUCUAGUUCAAAAGACUAUUGAAGUUAUGAAAGUGCCGACAUUGCUUAAAAUUUUUCAAAAAUUCAAGUGCCGACGAGGGAGCUCAAUGAAUUUUUAGGGGGCUCCUGCCCCCCAAGCACCCCCGGUGGCGCCAUCCCUGUACUUAAUAUCAUUGUUUCUAUCAGCACACUGUACACAGUUUUCUAAGAAUAUUGUUAAUAGGAAUAUUGGGCCAAAAAUAGAAGAGCGAGUUAGAUAUAAGAUCAAGGUAAACACUUUAUCAAUAGCAUUCAUUUGAUGUUUUCUCACAAUUUCUUCAAUAAUAUUAAUCUUUACAGUAAGGAAACAGCAAGUUACCUUAGACUAACCCCAGGGGGGGGGGCUUGCCAUUCCUUGAUUAAAUCUACCUGUAGCUUUGUUUAAGAAACACUUGAAACAAUGUUUUUAGGCUCUAGAUUUAAAAUGUUUUAGAGUAUCGAAACCUAACAUUAAUUAAGGCAUUCUUACAGGAAAACCGCGGUGUACCUAUCUACCAUUAUACUGAUUGAAGGCUUAGUUGUCAGCCGUAAAGCCGAUUCAUGGGUAUUAGGAGCAAUUAUCUUUUGUAAGAGAAAAUAUUCGAAGAUUCGUCGACAGACUGGAGUUGCGUAUCACCGAACUUGCUUCCGAUUGAAGAGACUUGCCUUGUCUGCGGAUCAAGACAGGUGUUUCAAAGCAUCAAUGUUGCUCAACUGCUCACACUAGUCAUUUGACUGACAAAACACAGAAAGUAUAUCGUCAUUUUGUAGCUAGCUGAACCACGAAUUAAACAACUGUUUACACAUGUACACAGAUGUAGCAUUUGCAAAUGAAAUUGUCGAUUCUCGGUUUUCCUGUGAAGCAAGCAAUCAACAUGAAAGACAGGCUGGAAAACUUUCAUCAAAUUCUGCAGAUGAACGAUAACGGCAGCGAUGAAUCGUGGCUUGUUGAUGAUGCCAUGUUACUUUAUGAGGAAAUGUCAUCAACCAACAAUUUCAACGAAGAAACGGAAAAAUUUCUGAUAAUGGCCGAUAUUGUUCAACAACGAAUACGUGCUUGCCAACAACUUAUUUUGGAGCUGAGAGCAAAGCAAAGCAAGAUUAUUGUACAAACACAUUUGGAUAAUCAGCUGGAAGGAGAUCUCGAUUGCCUAACGAAACGUAUUAAAGACCUUACAGCAUCAUUGGACAAGGAAAUCAAAGAUUUGGCAUCCUGGUCUAUCGACGAAGACAAGGCAUGGUCUGCAGAACAAAGAAUACGAAAAUGCCAGGUUUCUGCCUUGCAGAAGGUAUUUCAAGAGCUCAUUUGCGACUUUAACAAAUCACAGAUCAAUCAUAGGGACAAUUGCAAAAAGAGGAUUGUGCGGCAGUUAGAAAUCGCUGGUUCGGUGAAAUCUGACGAGGACGUUGAGGAGAUGUUGGAGCAAGGGGAUUUCGCUGUGUUUACUGUGAACAUUGUGGUGGAAACUCAGAAUAUGAAAGCUGCUUUAAAACUGGUUGAAUCAAGACAUGCGGAUAUAAUUCGACUUGAAAAGAGCCUUUAUGAAAUUCAAGACUUGUUUUUGGAAAUGGCAAGAACUAUAGAGUGUCAGGGACAGCUGAUUGAUAAUAUUCAGUACAAUGUGGAAAGUACUGAUGAAUAUCUUAGAGUUACACUUCCUGCUUUGAAAGCUGCAAAAAAAUACAAGAGGAGGCGAAUGCUGCUCUGCUGUCCGUGUCCAUGUUUACAGCUUUGCCCUCUUUUGUAACUCUCCAAAUAAAGCAAGUUUUCACAAAACUAAGAUAAGUCAAGCGAGCACUCUUUUUGAUUUUUUAUAUUUUUUUGUGCCAUCUGUUGUUGCGAGAAUAAAAACUAUUAAAACCUAUCUAGUCAAGCAGACCAGUGUUUACUAAUAAGGGUUCCUUUGCCAUGUUAGUUGGGCUUUUUAUAUCCUACAAUCGUAUAUGCCUCUGCUAGUCAACAAAGUACAACUCUCACUAAAUGUUCAUACUAUCACAUACUAAACUUACAAAAAUACUAUUGCAGAGACUUGUUCUCAACUCCCUCAACUAACGAAUUUUCAUAUUUGUAAUUCCAGGCUUAUUCCUGGGUGCCUUGCUUAUAAUUCCUUCUCAAUUAUACAUUCCAUACCCUCACAUAUCAGUCGCGGCGACAGCCCUUAGGUUCUUGGGGGACAAAACAACAAUUUUGUGGGCCACAUCCUUUUUUACCUUCAAAUGGGAUUUUACUAACAAGGAGCGCAAAUUUUACGGCAGUUUCAAAAUCAAAGGAUUGAAUCCCAAAAAAUAAGUUCCCAAAACAUUACACCCUCCAAACAUUUUAUCAUUGAAUUUAGAAGAACGACAAUAUUGGUCUUGCCGAGAACUGGGAGGGGAGUUGUGUGCCCCGGUCCCCACGUUGCGCCGAUAUUGCCACAUAUACAUUAUCAAACAAUUGUCCCAACCGUAACCUCAACCACGCAUUUGUCUAAAGAGAGAUGAAAUUGUUUUGCUGUACCCUGGGUUUCAGAGCCACAUAAAUUUCAGCGCGGAAAUAGAAGACAGGAGUACGCUCCUCCGCAUGGAUUUCUAUUGAUGUGCUCGAAUUCCUGUUGCUCUGAUACCCAAGGAAGUACUGCUGAAGCUGGCUAGUCAUGUUACUAGUUUUCUUGUUUAAUUUUUUGCAUUAAAUGAUCUUUUUAAGGGCUUAGGCUUAUUUUGCCAGAGACAAUACAGUAAUUUGAAAAUCUUUUACAAUAAAAGAUGUGCUAGAAAUAUCUUAAAGCGAAUGAAAAUGGAUUAGAAUAUUACUCAUCAUAAAUAACUUGUCAAGCAUUGACUAGUUUUAAUCAACUAAACAACGAAAUAUUUCUCAAACUGUCAUCAGAAAAACUUAGAUGAGGCAGAAUGGUAUUUAAUUUUUGUUUUUCAUGUUAUUAGGUCGGAUCAAUAAAAUUGGUAAAUGACGACGUCUGAUAAAUCUAUUUUUAAGAAAUUCUAAAUCUUGGUCACCUACCCUGAAAGAACAGCAUAAAGAAAGCUGUAAAGUUAAAUUUAUAAUGCUACUUAUUGGCGCGAUGUGGCUUUGUUUUGGCUUGGUUGAAGAAUACUAAAUAACUGCAAUUUGUUGAGAAAUACCCGACCUUAUACUUUCACAGCUUUGCACAGUUGUAAGAUUAAACUGGUUUGCAAAUCUACAGAUAUUUUCAUGCAUUACAUUGUCAAAUCAACAAAUAGAUUUUCCGACAUCGUUUUUUAGCCACCCUUUGCCUCAAAGAAAAGAAAAACAGCUUUAGAGACAAAGUUUUUGACAUAAUAGACUUGAUUGAUAGAUAGAGAGAAAAAAAUUGCAUUUAUGUCAGAUUGUAAGUUGUAAUUAUGUUUCUUUGAACUGCUAAAUA